GUCUCCGGGGGCGGAGCUUGUGAUCACACCUUACAACCUUCUACCUGCAGCCCGUGCGAGUGGGUGUGACCGGUGCUGCGAAGGUUUGAUGACACACAAUGCUGCACAGCUAGUCGCCUGAAACUCAGCAGGGAUAGUCAUGGGGAAGACAGGUGGAAGAAACGACUUUGAAUGGGUCUACUCUGACCAGCCGCACACCUCCAGAAGAAAAGAAAUCCUGGCCAAAUACCCAGAGAUCAAGUCUCUGAUGGGUCCAGAUCCCCAGCUGAAGUGGGUGGUGUCAGGCAUGGUCUUGACUCAAUUCCUAGCAUGCUACCUGGUCCAUGAACUCUCCUGGAAGUGGAUCUUCUUCUGGGCGUACGCCUUCGGAGGCUGCAUCAACCACUCCCUGACUCUGGCCAUCCACGACAUCUCUCACAACGUGGCGUUUGGAAACAAGCUGGCUAAGUGGAACCGCUGGUUCGCCAUGUGGGCCAACCUGCCCAUUGGACUGCCGUACUCUGCCUCCUUUAAGAAGUACCACAUCGACCACCAUCGGUACCUGGGUGGAGACCAGCUGGAUGUGGACAUCCCCACAGACAUUGAAGGGUGGUUCUUCUGCACGCCAGCCAGGAAGGUGCUCUGGCUGUUCCUGCAGCCGCUCUUCUAUGCGCUCCGCCCGCUGUUGGUCAAUCCUAAACCUGUGGGUCAGCUGGAGAUCCAGAACGCAGUGGUUCAGCUUGUAGUGGACUUAAUAAUCUAUCACCUGUGGGGGCUGAAGCCUAUUGUUUACCUUAUAGCAGGAUCUGUACUGGGCAUGGGACUGCACCCUAUCUCUGGACAUUUCAUCGCUGAGCACUACAUGUUCCUGAAAGGACACGAGACGUACUCUUACUACGGACCACUCAACAUGAUCACCUUCAAUGUGGGGUAUCACAUGGAGCACCACGACUUUCCCAGCAUACCUGGCAGCAAACUACCUCAGGUCAAGCAAAUUGCAGCAGAGUACUAUGACUCCCUGCCUCAGCACACUUCCUGGACCCGGGUAUUAUGGGACUUUGUGUUCGACGACAGCAUCGGCCCCUACGCCAGAAUCAAGCGGGACUACAAGCUCAGCAAGCAGCAGUAGCUCUGUGACUGGUUUAGUUUCCCUUUUUAGGGAAGUGUGAGUUUCAGCCGUUGAAAGCCCAUGGACCAUAAUGAAAUAUUACAUUCCCUAGUUGAACUGCUGUGUGUUUUUCAUAUAGUGUGUUUAAUUUCCUCAGUGCAUUAAGCUUAAGUCAACUAGAGAGACAGGAAUUGGAUUCAGAGGAUACAGCAGGAUGGUUUCCUCAUGCCGUUAUUUAUUAAUGUCUGUAUUCUUGCUUAAAACACAAGUGUGUACAACUGUGUGUAUUUCCUUGUAUCUAGGAGGCACACGGUGUAUAUUCCCUCUCACUUUUAACGUAUUAACCGAGACACAUUGUUAUAGGAUUAGGUCAUAAACAUUCUCAUAAGCUUUAACAGACAGGUCACGACCUCUGUGGUUUGUAUUUUCCCCAACGCAUCACGACAUGUGUGAUGUGAUUAUGCAAAGCUUCAUCAUUGUCAGUAACUUUGCAUUAAUCAAGCAGGACAGUGCUGAGUUAUAAAAUGAGCAUUGACACUUACCUUUCAGUAAGAGGAGCCUUUUUUUCUGUGACGCCUUAAUCUGCUCGUUCGCUGCUCCAUUGUUCUGUAAACUCACAAUAACUGCAGGGAGUGAACAGAAUAACAGAAACACUGUGUAACGUAAGGAAGCAGUUAUUUAUAGAUUUACUUUUUGAGUCUUGUGAGGAUUUUUUUAAGCUGAAUGACUAAAAACUCUGAUCGAGUCUGUCUUUCAGAUCUGGUCCUACUUGCUAAUAGAUUCUUUUUUUUCUACAUUUGGAUCUUUCAUCCAAGACUGAUGCACCAGAAGUCCAGCCAGCAACUAAAUCCCCUCCAUGCUGAUAUCAGAGGCUAAAAAAAAACUCAUGUUGAUACAGCAAGCAUUAGAAAAAAAAAAAAAA